CUGCCGAUAUUAAAGGUAAUCUUAUAUGCAAAUGAUAUUUUCAUCGAUUCGAUAUAACUAUCGCUUUGCAGCCCUGAAAGUAUCGGUAUCGUCUGCGCAAGUCAUGACCCAAAAAUGAACAUUAGCUCUUUGAAAAUGCAUAAACACUUUUUUACAUGAAGUAUUCAAACAAAAGCAAACUUAAAACGUGUGCACGUGGAUGCGACGAAGCGUGUAUUCCGAACGUGGAAAACGCAGGAACGGGCGUCCAUCAAGAUAUCAAGAAACAAUUCAGCAAGUACACACCGCUCUGUCAAUGAGGAUGACCCACACCCACACCCGCACCCCGCAAACGCAAACGCAUUGAUUACUACAUAUUUUCAUCGUGCAAGCAACGCAACGCGGCGCCGCCAUUGAACCUAAAAUCAGUCUAGUUCAACACGAAAAACGUUUCCGCUCAAUCUUAUGAAAAAAUGUCACUUGUGACGUGCAUCGAUGGAGGCGGUGACAACGGCGGCAGCGAAACACAAAAGACGACGCCGUCAAUUGUCGAGGUCGCUGCAUUAACCGAUGAAUUACAAGAUGGGGAUAAUAGCCUGGAGCCAGGUGAGCUGGUCACGCCACCGCAUCAUCAGCCAGGCAACGCUAGUCCAGCACUGAAGAAAAUGCUCGCCAAGGACGUUAUGAGUAAGACAUUGCGCAAGCUGACACAAAUCGAUACGGACAAAUGUGAGGAAAAAGUGCGCGCUAUUCUGGAACUGGAGACCAUAAGACGCAAGACCGCGAUUACUAAAAUAUCAUCAGAAACGCCAACGCAAGCUUACCCGGUGGAAAAUGGCACAGCAGCUCAUACUGGGGCUAUAUCUCCGUGUGCAUUACCAGACGAAGCCGAUGACAGUGAGGGUCUGUAUUCGGACACAGACUCCUCAGCAGAGGAGCAAAAUAAUGUGGAGGAUGUGCAAAAAGCACGCAAGGAAAAACAAGCUGAAGCAGCUGCAGCGGCCGCACCGCCACCACCACCGCCACAUGCCAACCCCCAUCCUUUUCAUGGGCUCAAUCCACUGAGGUUUCAUAUGCGUCCACCGUGUAUUGACUAUUCGCGCAGAGGCUUUAUGCCCAGGAUGCCGCGUGGUGGCAUGCGUGGUAUGCCACCGAUGUUCUUUAAUCGGCUACCUGCUUUCAAUCGAGGUCCCACGCCGAGGUGCACAUCACCCAUACUGUCGUCAGUGUCGCCAAUCAAUGGACCUCAAGGUCAGCCUGGUCUGCCAUCAAGCUCAUAUGGACCUGCGCUGCCACCCGGUCAGGCCCAAGGUCAAAGCCAAGGCAGUAAGCGUACACAGUCUGAUAUAAUCUGGACAACAUCGCAGCCGCCAGUGUCGUUCAUUUUCAAUUUGAUUUCGGAAUGUGCCAAUGUACAUCACAAAAGCUGCAAACAAAAAGAGAUACAUCCGGGCAAGUGUAGCGGCAAGGAUACCAGUGGUGUAAGUAACAGAGAAUCGGGCAAGGAUCAAGGCAAGCGAAUCAAGGAGGCACCCCAGGAACGUACAGAGAAGCAAAGGGAUCGUUUUAACGAGAUACAGAAAGAUCGUUCCAGGGACUCAAGAAGAGAUCGAUCAAAGGAAAGACCCAAAGAACGCUCCAGGGACCGAUUCCGUGAAAAGAAGAGAGAACACUCCAAAGAGAGGCAAAGCACAUGCUCUAAAGAAAGAAAGGAAGAUUCCAAAAAUAAGCAACGGAACAGCUCCAAGGAGAAAAGGGAAUGUUCGAACGAUAAGCAACUGGAACGUUCCAAUGACAAAAGAAUAAGCGACAAGUCAAGAGAACGCUCCAAAGAGAAACAUUUGGAUAAGCAAAGGGAACGUCCAAAGGAGAGGAACCGAGAAGACAAGUCAACAUCACGCUUAAUUGAAAAGCGCUCUUCAGUAACGAGAGAUGGACGUCGAGAUCGUACCGCCGAUGAUAAUAAUAAGAAGUUAAAUCGUCGCACACGAAGUCGAAGUCAUAGUCGCAAGCCAGAGAUUAGAGCAAAGACCCCGCCCAUGCCGCCACUGCCACAAGCCAAUUGCACACCUCAACAGAAUGACCAAAAGGAACUAACGCCACCACAGGCUCCAAUCGAAGCAGGAAAACCCUUUGAUAUAUUUGCCGAAUCCCCGCCAAGACUGAAGAAAGCUAGCAGCCCACCCAAUAAGCAGCCAGCUGAAAAAACUGCCGAAGUAAAAACCGAAUUGCCUGCAGAGCGUAGCACAACGCCCCCACUGGAAAAUCUUCAAAUAAAAACGCUACCCAAUACAGAGCCUCCCAAAGCGACACCGCCGCAGCUCAAAAUACACAAUGAGAUUCACAUUCGCAUUGGAGCGCUGCUCGAGGACAAUGAUCUGCAUUAUGAGGCGCUGCUGGCCACAAAGGAACAGCUGUUGCGUAAAAGCACCGAACACCGUAACAAAAAGGAAACACCCAAGGAGGUGCACAUCAAGCAGGAGCCUGUUGAACAAGAUGUGGCUUCAAAAAGUCGCUGCACACCGGAACGGCAGACGGCGCCGCCGCGGCAUAACAAUCCAUUCAAGCGUGAAACAGUAUUAACUGAAACGUCCAGUCGUAUCUCUCCCAGGCGCUCCACAGAGUUGUCGCGCCGCAGCAUGCAACGUAACGGGGACCGGCACAGUAGUUAUCGCAACAGCUCACGUGAGCGCGACUCAAGGACAGUGCGCCACAGUGACGAAUUUAAAGAGCGUGUCAUCAAGCAGGAGAAGAAUCGCUCCAAGACGCCACCGCUGCUCACACCGCGACAGAUCAAGGUGGAACGCAAUGUGACGCCGCCAAGAGAUCGUGAAGUCGAGAGGGAGGUGCCAAUGCGCAAUGGUGUGCUGAUUGCCAACGCGCCACCGCCGACGGUGCCCCGCGAGACAACUAGCAAAAAUAAUGAGCAUAGUCCUGAUACUGAUGACUACAUAGACAACUGGGAAAAUGAUGACUCCAUGGCCGGUGGUGACAGCAAUACGCCCAAAAAUGCUGCAUCAACAGGUGCAACACGUUUUAACGGCGACGACGAUGACUCGAAUGCGCUGUGGAAUGCCAAGAGCACUCCGCCGCCCAAGGCCAAGUUGCCGCAAACGCCACAACUGCCGACUGUGGUCGGAACAGCUGUCGCCGACAAUUCUUUGAUUAACAUUAACGAUCUGUACGAAAAAUUCAUGAAGAGUAUUAUAAUGGGCUCCAAUGCAAACGAAACAACAGCAAUAGCUGCAAAAACGCAGGCAACGACAAAUAGUUCCUUAAGCAAUUCCACUGCCGAAGAAUCUUCCAGCGACACAGAGGCGACGUCAAGCAGCAGCAGCAGCAGCAGUAGCAGCGGCAGCAGUUCCGAUGACAAUAAUGACGAUGACGAUGACGAUGACGCAGACGAUGACGACGACGACGACGAUGACGAUGACGAUGAAAAUGAUUCCAGCACCGAUGAGGGUGACAAUUAUGCGAAAAAACAGGAGUUAAAGGACCAUCAGCUGAUGAGCAUGGAUGAUGGUGACCAAUCACAAUCACAGUCCACUAUCGUGGAGGAACCGGUGGCUGACAAACAGCUACUCAGCCACAAAAAGAACAAUGUUAGCAAGGAUUUGCGCAAGCUAAAAAGUCUGGAGGACAAUUUAGCGCGCAUACAAAUGAUGCGUGAGAACUACGAUUCGGGCGAUGAUCUCUGCGAAGAGCUGCUCAAAAUGGAGUCGCUGUUCAUCAUACAGCGCAAUGCUAUUAUGAACAAAUAUCGCAAGCCGGAGCUCAAGACCACCAGCGAGGAGGAACCACAACAACAAGUGACGCUGCAGCAACAGCAGGACCAGGAGCAGGAACCACGGCCAGUGUCGCCAGUUAACAAUAUCUUUGAUGCAAAUCGUGAAGCAAUCAAACUAACUAUUUCACCUUUAAAACUAUCACGCAAGCCCGCAAUUUUCGACAAGGAUGAGGCGGAUGUUGUGCCGCAAUCGUUAGCCGAUGGCAAGCUAACCAAGCCGCACAAAGAGAUAGCGAUUGUAAAACCCACCAUUAUGGAUACGCGCACCAAGACCACACGUCAGCAUUCGCAGACGCCCCAUCAGCCACAACCACACCAUCCACUAAAACGAUCGCGCACGCGGGAACGUUCCAGAUCUCGUUCGGUGUCACGCAAUCGGUUUAGACGCAGCGUGCGUCCCAGUCGCAGCAAGGACUCAACACGUUCGCCCAGUCCGCGUCGUAGGCGACCAAUGCACUCGCCGCGUCGCUCACGCUUUGGCAAGUCCCGGUUGGGCAUGGGUCGCAGCCGCAGUCGUAGUCUUAGUCGCAGUCGGACGCGAAGUCGCAGCCCGUUACGAAGGCGACGCACUAAAGUGGUGCCUGGACGACGCCGCAGUUCAUUGUCACCUCCUUGCAAGAUGCUGGGUCCACGCUCUCCCCCACCGCCAUCGCGCCGUCGCUCCUACAGUCGCGAGCGCUGUUACUCACGCUCUCCGCUACCAUUCAAGCCGCCAUCGCCGCCAAUGCGACGCAGCUGGUCCACUUCCCGUUCGCGUUCACCCUCUCGGAGACGCAGUCGAACGAGAUCUCGUACCAGAUCCAGAUCGCCACAUGGUCAGAUCCUUGCAGAUUACUUUGUGGAGAAUCAGAACAUGGAAGCCGCUGCCUAUUAUUACAAUAUGUCGCUGAUGCAGCAAGAUGCAAGUGGUGAACAGUACGAUAGCUAUGCGGCCUACAUGGAUACCGCCUACAAUAUGGACCAGGCCUAUGCCCAAUACACUGAGUACUCGGCAAACACAACGGUUACACCUAUAGAUUAUGAUUAUAGUGCUGGUAGCCUGAUGGAGGCAUCAACUAUACCCGUGCUGCGGGAGCUGCCUAUGGCCCCAAUUGCGCCCGUAGCUGUGCAGAAGGGCAAUGUGUUGGAAAUCGUGCCGUCAAUGGAUUCAGCUGUGGAGCUAACGACUGUGCCGCCUGUUGUGCCGGAGGAACCACAAGAGGACAAAAGUAAACCCAAACGCAAGCGUGUUAACUUUGUGGAUAAUGUGCUGCCCAACUAUGAGAGUGACAGCGAGGAUCGCAAAAUUGUGGAAAUAGCCGUGGAACGUGCAGUGGGUCAGUAUCGAGAGCGCUGUGCCGCUAAAGCGGCCAAGCUUCAGCGCAUACGUGAACAGCUGUUGGCCAUGCCUGCGCCAUUGCCACCCGUUGCGCCUAAGCCGGCGCAACUGGACAAACCAGUUCUCGUAAAAAAGAAGCCCAGAUUCCGCUACUAUCACUUCGAUCCGGUCAAGGGUGCAAUUAUAAAGUCACGUGAACGCAUGCUACGCCCGCCGCUGCAGCAUCCGCCGCCCCGUUUCGAUCCGAAGUACAUGGCAAUGCUGGUGAAAUCUGGGCGUCUACCCAUGCCUGCGUUUAUGCGACAUCGGCCACCGCCGCUGCCCGCGCAAGCGGAUGCGAUGCUCCAAGAAUUCUUCAGUAAGCAUCCGCCGCCACCACUACAAAAUGUUUUGCCACAUUAUUUGCGUGGACCGCCGCCUAUGACUACCGUGGCAACGGCACCUCCACCCAUUGCCUCACAGCCGAUACCUGUGCUGGGUGCACAGAGCUACUCGUGCUAUCCGCAGACACCAACACCAGUUGUUGCACCUGUGCCCUCCGUUGUCACAACACCUGUGCCCGUUCCAGUGCCUGUUCCAGUUCCCGUGCCCGUGCCCGUACCCGUGCCCGUUCUGACAAGAUCGCCGCUAUCAUCGACGCCGCCUCCCCAGACACUGGUGCCCCCGUACUUUACGCCGCCACCCCUGCCCACGUUGUCAUCACACUUCACAGUACAGCCGGUGCCGACAAUGCGAGAGAUAAUGCCCGUAGACAUAUUGCAGAAAAUUGGACCGCUGCCCAAGACACUAGACCUGGAGGGCUGUAAUCCCGGCCUGGACGAGGCCAACAACGAUCUCAAUGAAGCCGAGACAGCGCCGCACGUGGAAGCAUCUGUCGAUGGUCAGCCGCCGCCAAAGCUACUGGAAACCUAAUAACAAAAAUAGAUCAAAGAAAAUCCCUUAAGUCAGUCUUAAAAAGCCGGUACUCGACUUUACUUGCAUGUACUUAGAACCACCAACCACCAGCUGAACACAUCAUAAAAAAUAGUUAUAAGCUGUUAUCUUGUAGGCCAAUCCAACAACGUAGACAUACUUUUUUUAACAAUCCAACGAGCUCCUGGCAAUUACAUCAUAAUGUUAUUUUAGUUUUCUUUCAUUCAAUUUCUAACAAUCAUUUACAAUCAAGCUUUGUAAGCGAAAUGCAUUUACUGUUAAACAUUUUUUUAUUAGAACUAAUACUGCAUUGUGUGACACUUAACAUUUAGCUCAUUUGAUUUCUACAAGAAAAUAAAAACAACCUGUAAAUAAUGCGAACGACUUGGAGCAUAUUGAGUCCAGCUUAGCCGUAAGCAACAUUACAUAAUGUAUUUAACGAAACUUUAUACAAAAAUUCUACAAUUAAACGAAAAUACAUUUGUAUGUAGAAU